GAUUGGGACCCGAUGGUGCCCUCAUUAGAUGCGGCCGUGUCUCAUUAAUGAUCGCUUGGACGUGGAGAAAACCUGGAGUAGUUGUCGAACAUGCAAUUUUGUCCCAAUCGCCACUGCCUCACUCGUUGUCCCAAUGCGGCAAGAAUCAAACUUUCUCAGUCUAACCAAAAUUUCACGAGUCACCAGCACUCGCCGUAAACUUUUCCGACACAGCCGCGCAGAGACAACAUCCUCACGUCCUACAUCUGAACAGAUUACUCUGACUUCAGACCUUGUCGACAUGGCAUCAGACAAGGUCGUUGGCGUCCUCGGCGGCGGCCAACUGGGUCGCAUGUUGGCAGAGGCCGCCAAUCUGCUCGAGAUCAAGGUCAAUUUUCUGGACGCCGCCGGAUCAAGUGCCAAGCAGGUCUCUGGACAUGACGGACACGUCGAAGGAUCCUUCAAAGACAAGGAUGCGAUCCAGAAACUGGCUGAGAAGUCCGAUGUGAUCACAGUCGAGAUUGAGCAUGUCGACACUGAAAUGCUCAAGGAAGUCGCAGACACUGUCGAUGUGCAGCCUUCUUGGCAGACAAUCCGCACUAUCCAGGACAAGUACGUUCAAAAAUUGCACCUGGAGAAGAAUGGCGUGGCAGCAGCGCAAUUUCAGGCUCUGUCGGCUCCUACGCUUCAAGAAAUGGAUCGCGUAGGUACCGAACUUGGCCUGCCGUUCAUGUUGAAGUGUAGGAGAGAUGCCUACGAUGGGCGCGGAAACUUUGCCGUCAAGACGAAAACCGACUUCAGAGAGGCUCUGGACGUACUCUCCAAGAACAAGGACCUAUAUGCCGAGAAAUGGUGCAACUUCAAGAUGGAGCUCGCAGUCAUGGUCGUCAAGACCAAAGACAAUGUUCUGUCUUUCCCUACAGUCGAGACGAUCCACGAGGACAGCAUUUGCAAAUUGACCUAUUGCCCAGCUCGUGGCGUUAGUCCUGAAAUUGACAAGAAGGCUCAGGCAUUGGCACGGCAGGCAGUUGGGUGCUUUUGGGGCAAAGGCGUCUUCGGCGUGGAGAUGUUCCUGACGAGAAAUAACGACCUUCUGAUCAACGAGAUCGCACCUCGUCCUCACAAUUCUGGUCACUAUACCAUCGAAGGCUGCCCGGUGUCCCAAUAUGAAGCCCACCUUCGUGCGAUCCUGGAUUUGCCACUUCAGCAGGAAGACUUGCAGCUUCGAGAGCCAAGCAUAAUGCUCAACAUUCUUGGUGGAGAGUCGCCAGAUUCACAUCUCUUGAUAGCACGCGCAGCUCUGCGCCACCGCCGCACUAAAAUCCAUCUCUACGGAAAAGGUCAAGCACGCAAAGGCCGCAAAAUGGGUCACAUUACAGUCUGCGCACCCACAAUGCAAGAAGCCGAGCAAAUCAUCCAACCCAUGAUCGACCUAGUCGACGAAGGCAAACCCCAAAUCAACCGCCGAGGCUCCGUAAUGUACAGCACACCACAAGAGAAACCAACAGAGAAACCCCUCGUAGCAAUCGUAAUGGGCUCCGAUUCCGACCUCCCCGUCCUGCAACCCGGCCUCGCAAUCCUCAACAAAUUCUCCAUCCCGUACACAACCCGCAUAACCUCCGCCCACCGCACUCCAUCCUGGAUGGCCGAGUUUGCCUCUGGCGCCGCAGCUUCUGGCCUCAAAGUCAUCAUCGCAGCUGCAGGUGGUGCGGCUCAUUUACCAGGCAUGACAGCGGCUUAUACUUCGCUGCCCGUCAUUGGUGUUCCGGUGAAGCCUACUAUUGGCGAUGGCAUGGAUUCUCUGCUGAGUAUCUGUAACAUGCCGAGAGGAGUUCCGGUGGCUACUGUCUCGAUCAACAACUCGGUCAAUGCGGCUCUACUUGCCGCUCGCAUCAUUGGUUCAGCGGAUUUGAAGGUCAGAGACGUGGUGGAGAAGUACAUGAAAGAUUCGGAAAAGGAGGUUCGGGAGAAGGAUCUCAAGUUGGUGGAAAUCGGGGCAGAGAAGUAUGCCACUGAGAUUCUGAAGAAGUGAGCAGUCGAGAAGUAUGGGUAAUUAAUCAUUGCAAUGGAAUUGGGUAUCAUCGGGCGACGUCUCUCUCUGACUCGGCCGAUCACUGUAAGCUCAAUCUUCACCAGAAUGUCAGGUUCUGAAAGGCAGUUCAACCAAUCUCGUUGCCCAUACCAUUUCAGUGGGACAACGAAUGUUGAGCCAACGUCUGCAGACAGUCUUGACGAAGCCCACCGCCCUCUCCUCUACAAGCCUUCCAAAUUCUCCCACUCACUUCAACCCACAUCCCCUGAACUCCAGAAAAGCUGCUGAUGUCCGAAUCAUGCUCCAUUCUCCCCCGAACAUCUUCCUCCAACCCGUCCGCUGACCUCAGGCAUCGAAGAAUAAAACCCUACCAAGCCCUAAAGAUCCCAACAUCAGAGAACAAGUAACCCUAGCACGUCCAUCACAGUCCAAGAUCUACACAGGCCCAUUUGACCGACUUCGUUCGGGCACCUUCAACGUAGUCAGCCCACAUGCAUAGCCAAGACAUAGCACAUCAUAGCUCCUGCUAUUCCGCAUAAGUUCCGCAAUUGCAUGU